UCGCCGUCAAGAUUUGCGGGAACAAAAAAAAAGCGCAAGAUUUACUUUAAUUAUUGCCCUAUAAUAAGAGAAAAAAGAGUAAACAUCAAGAUUAUAUAAAAGAAAAGGUGUACAAGUCUUUUCUGGAGAGAUGGUCUAUAUGCAGUUCUGUGGUAUAAAUUGUUGAUCAUUUUACUACGAAUUUCCGGACUAAGUAGAGAAAUCGAGAUGUCUGAUGAGUGUGAUCUAGAGGAACUGACUGCAUUUCUAGAAGCGUCAGAUGCUGAGGAAGGCACUGAGGAACAAGCUUGUACCAAAGAUGUUGUCGAGGACUUGGCAAAAUCUGCUCCAGCUGACAGCAUUAAAGGUGAACCUGCUGUGGACAGUAAAAAUGAUGUAGAUGAUGAAUGUGAUCUUGAUGAAAUAGAAGCUUUUCUGCAAGCCUCUGAUGAUGAUGAAGAAGAUUACGAUGAUGUUAAGAAUGAUGCAUUAGUAACCAAGAAAAACAAACCCAUUGAACCUGAGGAAGCUACUUCAAAUAUUGAAAGCAAAGAUGCUGCUGAAUAUAACCUUACAGAUAAUGAAAUGGAGUUUGAAGAUUUUGAGGAAGGGGACUUCAGAGAACUUGAAAGUAUGUUGGACUCACAGAAUGCAGGAACCAUUCAAACAAAAUCAGCAAACCGGUCUGCGUCUGCAGAUGACAUUGAGGCACAGUCUUGGGAUGAUGAAAAUGAAGAUGUGUCAGGGGAGGUAAACAGGGGAUCUGAUGGUGAAAAUGAUACAGAUAAGGAGGAAAGUGACAGUGAGUCCGAACUGAAGGCUCAUGAGCUUAUUGAAGCUGAGAUGGCUGCAAUGGCAAAAAGAAUGAAAGAAUUAAAAUCAAUGUUGAAACAGUCCAAAUCAAGUCCAGGCUCGUGCAAGAAAAAGCCAAAAUCCAGUUCUGAUUCAGUGGAGAAAAAAUCUAAGGCACAUUCGGAAAGGAAAUCAAAAACCAGUCCCCAUUCUGUGAAGAAACAUUCUAAAAGCAGCCUAGAUUCCAGUAAAAACCAGUCAAAAUCUGUUGCAGACUGUGAUAAAAACUCGAAAACUGCAGGGACGUCUAGUUUAGACUCUUUAAAGAAACAAAUAGAUAAACACAAAUCAUUCUCAGUCGAUAAGGGAAAGAAAAGUAGCAGUGAUAGACAUUUUAGUGACAUUGCAAGUGGAACAAUAGAAAAGACUAGUCCAUCUUCUAAAGUCAAAGACAGAGAGACCGUCAAACAGAAAACAGAAUCGAAGCAAAGAAGUAAAAUGGAACAAGGUAUGACUGGGAUGACGGGGCGGGAGAAUCAGGCAGAAAUUGCCAUCACAAUAAAUCAUCCGCAGCAACUUCUCAUGAUGGGAAUCUCAAAAGACCUGGGUCGAUGUCGGGGAACAACCAAGGCUGGCCAGCCAUGCUCAUCUUUUAUAAACAAGAAGCAAGGUGAAUUCUGUACCUACCAUGUUCAGUCGGCCUACAGGAAAUCCAGUUCUAAACGAACAGAACUUCAGGCAAGCACUGGUGUUACUCCAAAAGCAUUUUCUCAACAGAAAAAUAAGAAUGCUGGAUCAGGUUGCUUUUUCUAUGGAGGAAACACCUAUACAACACAAAGACCGCAAGCAAAGUCAUCAAAAGAUACAAUGACCUUGAAGAAAUUACAAUCAUUUGAUGCAAGGAAAGCCCCUGGGAAAAUAACAACAAUGUCACUGCAUGACCUUGAACCUAGUGAUGAGAAAAAGAUUGAUAAAUUACGAGAAAAAGACAAAGAUCUAUUGAAACUCUUGUCUGUUCCUUCAGCUGGAUCAAUGAACUUUGUGAAACAUCUAGUCAAGAAAGAUGCAAAUCCUACAGUAAAUAAAAUUGAAGACAGUGAAGUCUUAGCACCAUCUGUUUCUGCUAAAGAUCUUCUGAAGCAACAUUCAAAAACUUUAGUGCAGAAGAAAAAGCAAGUUGAACUAUUAUCAGGUACUCCUACUCUCGGUAAAGGUUUCAGCUCCGGACAAGAUAUCUCAUUAGAUGCUCCUAUUAAGAAAGGGAAAGGAUGUGCGUCUGCUGAACUUGCCAAGCAACUGGCCAUUGCAAAGGUAAAGUCUAAAGGUGGAAUAAACAAGGAGGAUCCAAAUGCUGUCAGGAAGAAAGUGACCUCUCCAGAAGCUAGAGAAAAGAUUCGAAAACGAGUAGCAGAAGACAUGGAUGAAGAUAACAGUGAGGAGCCAGGCAAUAAUGAGCCACCUAAGAAGAAAUCCAAAUUGCUCGGAGAUUUGGAUCUGAACUCACCAGAAGUACAGAAGCUUCUGAAGAAAAAAUCCAAACACAAAGGAGCGCUUGCAGAAGCUGAGGCAGAGCAUGAAGAUCGGUAUUUCUCGGCGCUGGAGAAGAAAGAACAAAUGGAGGAUAAAAUGGGGGCUAUUAUUGAAGUUCCUGUGAAGUUGUUUGUAUGUUUACAGUGCAAGUACAGGUAUUUUAGUGUACACGAGAGAUGCAAGAAGGAACAUCAUUCAAUCAAAGAAGUGAAAGGCGUUAAAAGAUUCUUCAAAUGUAAACAUUGUAAGAGACGUACAGUGAGCAUUGACAGAUUGCCAAAUAAGCCUUGCAAGGACUGUGGUGAAUCUAGCUGGGAAAGAGUGUCAAUGUUAAAGGAAAGAAGUGGGCCAAAACUUGAAUCAGAAGAAUUGUGCUUACGGGGAAAUGAACAGAAAUUCAUUGGAAGUUUGCAGGGAAAGGCUUCCUUCAGUGGCUGAAAUAUUUUGAGAUCAUUGGACUGGUUGUCAUAAUGAGAAAACUAUUACAGGAAGCCCACAAUCAGCACUUUUGACUCUAAUUCAUGAAAGUGUACGAUACUAAAAUGUUCGUGGAGAAGUUAGUGUCGAAAUAUGGCAUUGGAACAACGCGCUUGGAUUAACUGCAAUAACAUGUAAUAUAACAGAUAUGAUACAGAAUUAUAUGUGGCCAUCAAUCUAUAUGUGUAUCUAAGUUAUUUAUGGUUGCCAUUGGUUACCCAGUACUCAUAUUGCCGACGCCAUGAGAAAAUUGUUCGGUUUUUGUAGGAUAGUGCAAGAUACAGAAGACCAUCUAAAUUUCAGAUGCUGUCCUUGUUUUCAUUACAUACCAACUGUAAUGCACCUAUACAUGUGACUCUUAACCCGAAAGGGGAUGUUGGAAUUUUUAGUGUUGGAAAGCGGGACUAUAACUUGCAGCCCCAGGUGUUUUGUAGUCAGUAAUCUUACCAUGGGACCACCGAGUCAGCUCAAUAAACAUUGUCUGGUGUUGUAAAACUGAGUUUGGAAACCAGUCCGAAAACUUGCAUCUCUGAUUGGUUCAUCAUGGGUACAAUUUUUAAGGCUUGUCUCCAAAAUCAGAAUUAUAAUCUAGGAUUGAUAUGUCUUUCAGAUGAUAGAAAUGUAUGAAAAGAAAAUAAUUAAAUAUUAUAUUUGUAUCAAAGUGGUAGAAGUGACAAUAAGAUAAAUGCAUGAAUGAGUCAAUGUAACUAACUUCUGUCAAACAAAUGCUGUAGAGAUGGUAAAAUUUGCAGUGUUUUACUGUCAGCACAUUUUGAAUCUGUCAUUCGAGAUUUCCAGACACUGUUCAGUGAAUCCUACUGUCUUCAGUUUAACCAACAAGUGAAAUAAUUUGUUAAAAAAAUAGGCAAUUUUGAUUUUGUAAAUUUGGUAAUUUUCGCAAGGGAUUUAUUUUCAUUAUAUUCUCGAAAAUAAAAACUGCCAAUAGUGUUACUAUUGCAAGUAGCCCUAUAUUCUCAAAACUUGCGUUCUUAAAAAUGUCUGAUUUUACAGUUUUCUUACAUGUGGGGGGAUGAAAUUACAUGAUUGUGACUAUUUGCUUGGUGACUUUUAUUGUAAAAUAUGUCUAAAUGGAGUAUUUAUACGUUGUAAAACAUGAUAAAUGAUACAUAGAUUUUUAAGAAUGUUCAGCUUGUUUGAUUGAUUUACUAGGAUAUUUUUAACAAAAGAUGGACAUGUAUAUAUCACCAUCUUAUUUCUUUCUUUAAAUUUGUGUUGUGUUAUUGAAAUUGAAUAAAUCACAUAAUUAUGUCCUAUAUCCAGUAAAAUGUCUUGAUUGGACAGUAAUUUAAACCACUAGGUUAAGGUUGCUACACACUCAGAUGAGGUCUUGUUCUCUUGACACUUUCAAGGUCAGAGACCACCAAUUCUAAAACGUACAGGGAACUUACUGAGAAUAAGGUGAUCAUGUACGUGGGAAUACGGUAGCGUUUGUUUGUUCUGAUUGGUCAGUAAUGUAAACAACCCCAAGAAGUGAUUAUUUUUUUCAAAAUUGAAAUUUUUUACUGCAUUUACAGUUUAUUAUUAUACAUUUUGACAAUAUUUGUACAUUUUAUGUGUAUUGAAAGAAAGUUUUAUCACAAAUUUUUCCUGCCAUGCCUUUCCCGCCAUGCCAACGGUGUAAACGGGGUCAUCCCAUUCACAUGAAAAUUAGUCAAAUAAAGUAUCACUAUUCAUAAUGUUUUUUGU